AUGCAACAGGAACGAAAGCGUCGCAUUCAAGCCUGUUACCCCUGUUACACGCGAAAGCAAAAAUGUAACCGCCAGUAUCCAUGCAACCACUGUAGCCGCCGCCGGCGGGCAGAAGGGUGCAUCUAUAGUGGUGGGACAGCACCUGGACGGGAGGCUCGAGUCCAGAAACUGCCCCAGGGUGCAAGCCACUCGAAGACUGUGCCAACACGAUAUGAGCAUGAGCAUGGAUCUAACGGCAGCUCGUCCAGUCGGCAUUCUGCCCUAGCCAAGUCGUUUGGUUACUUCGAAGACAGCAAUUCCAACACGAUGGCUUUGCUGCGGAAUUUAGAAUUGCCUGAUGAGGAUGAAACGGAACUAAUCGAUCCCUCUUCGCGGUCUAUAUGGGGUACCAUCCAACAUGAGGUUGGGCGUAUGCCCGAUCGCCAGAUUGUAGAUUUCCUCGUGCAGUACUUUGUCAGUGAGUUGAAUUGGAUGAAGCUAGUUAUCCAUGCUCCCAGCUUCUUAACCGAUUAUCAGCAAUGGUGGGCAAAACGGGAUAAUCCAAUGACAGUGUCUGAUGUCGAUUCCUGCCGUCGCCGUCGCACACACAUUGUCGACCAGAUCUACGGCCGAUCACUGGAAGAUAUUCGCGACACUUGCUGUGAUAUCGGAGAAAAUCUUGCCAAAGCCUGUAACAUGCUUGACGGGAAAGGUUCCCUGUUCCGUGUGCAGCAUCUUCUAUUCGCUGCUCUAAAACUAUCGUGUGAAGGGGGGACAGCUUCAUUCUGGGAAGGGGUGGCUUCUGCUAGUCGAGCCGCUCAAAAAGCUGGUAUUCACAGAGAGGCCACUGAUUGCAGAAGGUCACCCCCCUUAUUACAAGAAAAUGGUGCCCAAGAGCUAGAAAAAGAGGUUCGACGGAGGACCUUCUGCAGCCUUUAUGCUUUGGACAGCCAUUUAGCCAGACAGCUGGAUAGGAUUCCGUUCUUGCCGGACAAUUCAGUCGUGGAGAUAUUACCCCGGUUGCGCUUAAUCGCUGAUAUUGGCGAUUCGCCAUCAAACAUAGAUGGUAGUGCUCCCAAUAUAUUCACCGAGCGGCUCAUGGAAGUUCAACUGGCCCUAUUCUGUCGAAGUCUAAAUUUAAAGCAGAACUCCAAGUACGAUCCAACAGAGAGUGAGCACAGAUACGAGAGACUUUGCGCCGAAUAUCUCCCUAGCAUCCACGCAGCUUUCGCUAUAGACAAACCAGAUAUGACAUGGGACGAGGCUCUCCCAAAGCUACCCAUGCAAAGGCAGCUUUUCUACAUCUCUAUUUUCGACUCGGUCUGUUGGAAUUUCCGACCCCUUCUAUUACUCAAACCUAACGAUGUCGCAAGUCUACCGCCUUACAAGCGCGUACUCCUGCAAUCGCAAAAGCUAAGACUUGGCCUCGCUGCACUGAAAGAGCUUGAGGCCGUGACCGCCCUCCAUUUAAUGUUUGGCGGCUCAUACACGCGCUUUGGCGCUAUCAUCUUCAACACUUUCGAGGCUGCCGUACUUUUACUCUGUCUUUGCACGCAUGCAGAUUUCCCAUUUGACCAAGGAGACGAGAACACCGACAUUCUGGGAAUGAAGGUUAAAUUGUCCCGUAAACGGGCGAUGCAAGUGGCCGAGCUGGCCAUUAAUCGCCUUCAAAUGCUGGCCGAGUUCAGUGACAUGGCUGCGUCAGGGGCCCGGGUAGCUACUCAGUUAUUCGCCAGAGCAUUUUGGGUGAAGCAGCCAGCGAAUCCGAAUCCAGAUUCCCGCGCGGUAUCCGAUACCCCUUCUUUAUGGGCACCGCUAGAUUCGGGGACUAUGGAGAGUAUCGAUGAUGAUAUCCAAGAGCAAUGGCAGUCUUUAGGACAGAAAGAUUUUGUUUUGACACCCGAAAUGUUUUUGUCAAUGGUGCAACAGAAUACUUCAUCCCCAAACGGCCAGGAAGCCCCGAUAGACAUCCCUUUGCUCUGGGGAAAUUUCGGACUUUAG